AAUAACUAUGAAACGACGAUAAUUGAGUAUCAGCGGACGAAAUAUAAGAAAAGCACCGCCAAUGCCAAUAAGAAGAAAGAAGAUUUUAUACUUAAUUAAAUAAGCAAAUACAGUGGUAGUUUACUUUAUUUGCUCAGUAGAAAUGGACGAUCAAGUUAAAAUUUUAAAGUAUUUAGUAUCAGCUGAAAAGUUAGCAGAAGAGAUAUUAUCCGAUAGGCGUGAAAUCGUACUGCUGGAUAAGAGAAGAAAUCAAAAUCGUGAGGCACUAAGGAACAUCACAAAAACGGGUCAGCGCAAGUGUUGGUUGACUGUUGGAUCUGUCCUCAUUAAACACGACUUAGAAGCAACAAAGACUCUUUUAGUGGCAGAUCAAAAGCAACUAGAUAUAGAUAUAAAUAAAUUGCGGUCAGAUCUUAAAGUAAAAGUUAACAAUCUAAGAGAUUUGGAAAUACAGCCACCUGUACCAGGUCUGAUGUUAGUGCCCAUGUCACAGAAGGAAACACGGAGCCUGUCCAGUGCUGGCUUAUUCUCAUGACAUGUCAAUAAAUUGACCUUUAGUGGCAGAAUAAGGGUCGUAUUCUAGAACUACUCAAUGCUCAAGUCAGGACUUGAGUAUGAUUCAAAGCACUAGAAAUCAUAC